AAAAGAAUUCAUGAAGAAGAAACACUUGAACUAUCAAAUUUAACUCAGAAUGUGCCUAUGUUUGUAUGCACAAUGGCAUAUCCUACUGUGCCUUGCCCGCUGCAUGUUUUUGAACCUCGGUAUCGGUUGAUGAUUCGAAGGUGUAUGGAAACUGGUACAAGGCAAUUUGGAAUGUGUAUCAGUGAUUCAGAAAAAGGUUUUGCAGACUAUGGUUGCAUGCUGCAGAUCCGCAACGUCCAUUUCUUGCCUGAUGGACGUUCUGUGGUCGACACUAUUGGUGGAAAGAGAUUUCGAGUUUUAGAAAGAGCAAUGCGAGAUGGUUAUUUCACUGCAGACAUUGAAUACCUAGUCGACAUUCAGGUUGGUGCAGAGGAACUCCAGCAGCUCCAGGAGCUCCAUACUGCAGUCUACUCUCAGGCCUGUCACUGGUUCCAGAAUUUGAGAUACAGGUUCCGGAGCCAGAUACUGCAUCACUUUGGCUCCAUGCCGGAGAGGGAGGACAAUAUACAGGUAGCCCCAAAUGGACCAGCCUGGUGCUGGUGGCUUCUAGCUGUAUUGCCUGUGGAUCCCCGGUAUCAGCUCUCAGUUCUGUCCAUGAGCUCACUGCAGGAUCGCCUCUUGAAAAUCCAGCACAUAUUGACUUAUUUUUCCAGGGACCAAUCCAAAUGA